AUGGCGUUAGUAAGAUCAUAUUUAGCCAGAAAAUUGGAAAAAAUAAGAUUUAUAAGCAAUCAACCAUUGAAUACAUCUAAAGAAUAUUUGCAAGAUGACGUACAGACAAAUAUAAAGCCUUAUGAAGAAGUACCUGGUCCGAAACCAUUACCAAUUUUAGGGAAUACAUGGCGAAUGUUUCCUAUUAUUGGUCAGUUUGAAAUCGGAGAUGUAGCGACUAUUUCCCAGAUUUUUUAUGACCAGUACGGAGAAAUUACCCGUUUAACCGGGCUGAUAGGUAGGCCAGACCUGCUCUUUGUGUACGAUGUCAACGAAAUUGAGAGAUUGUAUCGUCAGGAAGGACCAACACCUUUCAGACCUUCAAUGCCCUGUCUUGUUAAGUACAAAAGCGAGGUCCGCAAGGAUUUUUUCGGAGAUCUUGGUGGCGUCGUCGGAGUACAUGGGGAACCGUGGAAAAAUUUUCGGACUAGAGUACAAAAGCCGAUUUUGCAACCGCAGACUGUCAGAAAAUAUAUUUCUCCCAUUGAAGUUGUUACUAAUGAUUUUAUUAAUCGAAUUAAUAAGAUAAAAAAUUCAGAAGAUGAAGUUCCAGCUGACUUUGACAAUGAAAUUCAUAAAUGGGCGUUAGAAUGUAUAGGAAGAGUUGCGCUCGAUGUAAGACUCGGGUGCUUAGAAGACAAUUUGACAGAUAAUUCAGAGCCACAAAAAAUAAUAAACGCCGCUAAAUUUGCUUUGAGAAAUGUUGCGGAGUUGGAAUUAAAGGCACCGUACUGGAGAUAUAUUCCUACGCGUCUCUGGUCGCGUUACGUCAAAAAUAUGGAUUAUUUUAUCGAAGUGUGUAUGAAAUACAUUGAUGCAGCGGUCGAGAGACUGAAAAAUAAAAAAUCCGUCAGCGAUUCCGAGUUGUCAGUCGUUGAAAGGAUAUUAGCCAAUGAAAAAGAUCCUAAAAUAGCAUACAUACUGGCUCUUGAUCUUAUUUUAGUCGGAAUCGAUACUGUAAAUUUCGAUGGCAGUUUGCUCGAUCCUUUACCAAAUAGCGACGAGGCCAGAAGAGCAGGAAAAAAUUUACAGAGAACUAAAGACGAUCUUACCGGAUCCGUCUGUUCCUUUGACGAUGAAACAUCUCGAUAAAGCUGCUUAUACUAAAGCUUUUAUCCGAGAAGUAUUAGUUUAUUCAACUGUAAUUGGAAACGGACGUACUUUACAGAAUGACACAGUUAUUUGUGGAUACCACAUACCUAAAGGGGUCCAGGUUGUUUUUCCGACAAUAGUUACAGGAAAAAUGGAAAAAUGGGUGGAAAAUGCCCAUGAAUUCAAACCCGAGAGGUGGUUAAAAGAAAAUGAACAUAAAAAACUUCAUCCGUUUGCUUCUUUGCCGUACGGACACGGCGCGAGAAUGUGUUUAGGACGUCGAUUCGCUGAUCUAGAGAUCCAAGUACUUCUUGCAAAGCUUAUAAGCAAUUACAAACUGGAGUAUCAUUACGAACCACUUAACUACAAAGUGACAUUUAUGUACGCUCCUCAUGGAGAUUUAAAGUUUAAAAUAAGUAAAAGAUAA